AUGGACCAGGCUACAGUACAGACGAAGAGGAUUUGCGACGAAAUAAAAAAUGGGCUGAAGGAGAUGAACCUCCCGAGAUACAAGUACGUGGUGCAAGUGGUGAUCGGAGAACAACGGGGGGAAGGAGUGCGGAUGGGUAGUCGCUGCUUUUGGGACUCCGAAACAGACAACGUUGCAAGCGAGACCUACGUCAAUGUGAGGGUAGUGCGGCCGCCGACGUACUUAACUACAAGUGUGUGCAUGGGGUGCGGGGCGGUGGAGAGGACAUACAUUCUGUUGUCGUUGCACCCUGCGUUUCAGGCUAUUUGUGCCAGUCACGGUAUCAUCGAAUUCCCACCCAAGUGCUUUGCUUCUUGCACCAAAGACCGGUUGAUUAUCUCCGUGUGA